UGAGAAAAUAAACCUUCGUCAUUAGCGGGAAUUCUCAGCCGCGAUUGCUGUGUGUUAGACUUAUCCGCUAUUAGUUUUUCUACGCUGUCCAGUCAGCACAUGUCGCUCAAUUGUUAAGUUACCUUCCUCAACAAUUUUGUUUUGUUUGGUGCCCUCGUGUGGACUAUUUUAUCUUCAAUUUGUUGUUUUAUUUGCGCGACGAGAUGGAUUCGAGAGGAACAUUAACCGAUGAAGUUUUGGAAGGCUUCAGGAAAAUGUUCUAUUCUCAAGAGAAGAACGUGCUUGCCAGAAACGUUUGUUCCAGAACAGAUCCCUUUGAUGCGGCUCAAUCUAGUGAUAUUUUGGACGAAAUGCAGCCAGUUUUCAACCAUAAGGUCGAGCCAGAGGGCAAGCCGAUGACUGACCAAAGGGGCACAGGUCUCUGCUGGCUUUUUUCCGGCCUUAACCUCAUGCGUCUGCCUUUCAUGAAGGAGUACAACUUGGAGGAAUUCGAGUUCUCCCAAGCCCACCUAGUCUUCUGGCACAAGAUAGAAGCGAGCAACACCUUCCUCUACAACAUGGUGAAGACAGCUCAAAAUAAAGAACCUCUAGAUGGACGACUGAUGACGUUCUUGUUGCGGAAGCCGAUAAGUGAUGGAGGUUUCUGGCACAUCCUGGCCAAUCUAGUCAACAAACAUGGAUUAAUGCCGAAGAAAAAUUUUUCAGAAUAUUACAACAGUUCCUACACAUCUAAGAUGAACGACGUUCUCGGAAGCAUGUUGCGGCAAUAUGCCAAGGCCAUCCGCGACCUAGUAGCCAAAGGUGGCUGCGACGAAGACAUCGACAACCUCAUCCAAGAUCAGAUGUCCAACAUCUAUAGGGUAGUGGGGAUAUGCCUUGGUAUACCCAGUGAGACUUUCACGUGGAGCUACUACGACAAAGACAAGGCAUUCAAGAGCAUCGGACCUGUAACACCCAAGGAGUUCUACGAGAAACACGUGAAGCCCUUCUUCAAUGUCGAUGAUAAGGUGUGUUUGGUGUCAGACCCCAGACCUACCUUCGAAUUUGGGAAACUGUUCACAAUGGACUACAUAAACGACGUCGUUGGAGCCAAAAACUGCAUUUUUAACAACCAACCGGUGGAGUUGCUGCUGGAUCUUACCGCCAAGAGCAUCAAAGAAGGUGAGGCUGUGCUCUCUAGCUGCGAACUCUCGAGAAAGUACUCCUCUUGGAGGCACGGGAUGCACCUCAAGACGUAA